AUGGCUCGAACCGCUCAGAGACGUAAAGAAAAGACAACCAGCACUUCAACGGCGCCAAAGGAGGACAUUGAAAUGGCUACUUCACCGCCGGCACAGGGUCAUAUUGCAGAAGUUUCAGUCGAAACAAGCACCGGGACUUCGACGACCGCACAUCACAACUUAUCGGAAACUCUACACCACAUGCUACCUAUGCAUAGAGUCAAUCAUAAGGGUUACAAAGUUACAAAGGGUAUUCAACCUGAUGGAGAAAGUGGUAGACGCGGCAUACACCCGUUUCAUUUCUUCAGGAUAUGCUGGAAGUCAACCAGCGAUGCUUCUCGACUUGUUAAUAUUCUUUGGCCGGUUGUGCCAGCAGCCCUUGCUGUUCGAUAUGCUAGACCAGAACUUAAUCUGGCGAUUUUCAUACUCAAUUACAUUGCCAUGGUACCUUGCGCGAAUUUAAUUGGAUUUGCUGGACAGGAAUUGGCUAGGAAACUACCAAAGGUGUUUGGUAUUUUGUUAGAAACUACACUUGGAAGCAUUGUCGAGAUGAUCCUCUUUAUAGUCCUUUUAACCAGAAAUGAAUAUGGUGUCAUUCAAGCUGCCAUUUUAGGCUCAAUGCUAGCGACAUUGCUAUUAUGUUUGGGAAUGUGCUUUUUUGUCGGUGGCUUGACGCGAGACGAGCAAGAGUUCGACGAAGCUGUUAGUGAAGUUGGGAGUGGACUGUUGUUGACCGCUGGACUUGGUCUCAUCAUUCCCUCGGCAUUUGCAACAGCAUUAGAGUUGAAAAAUACCGCGACUCUCACCGAAGAAAUUAUCGCGGAAAAAGUCCUCAAUAUAUCACGCAUUACUUCUGUACUUCUUAUAAUUGCUUAUGGUACCUACGUCUUUUUUCAGAUGCGAACUCAUCACAGCAUCUAUGAUGCUAUUCUAGAAGCGGACGAACAAAAGGACGAGGAUCGCCAUGAGGAUUUGGAAAAAGACAAGCUUACAUUCACUGAGUGUGUCAUCGCUCUCUCAAUCUCGAUUGCUUUAGUGACUCUCAUUGCCAUCAGUUUGGUUGAACAAAUUCCCCAUAUUGUGGAAGAUCGUGGAAUUUCUGAUGCAUUUAUGGGUCUUAUUCUUGUUCCUCUAGUUGAAAAGGCCGCCGAGCAUCUUUCGGCGGUAGAUGAGGCUUAUGACAAUCAGAUGAACUUUGCGUUAUCUCAUGUGCUAGGGGCAACGAUUCAAACGGCACUAUUCAACGGCCCUUUGGUUGUCAUCAUUUCCUGGGGUUUGAAUAAGAAAUUGGAUCUUAACUUUGAGAUGUUUGACAUUGUUGUUUUGAUCCUAGCCAUUCUGGUUGUAGGAAAUUUCUUGCGGGAUCAAAAGAGCAAUUAUCUAGAGGGUGCUCUAUGUGUGAUUGUUUAUAUUAUCAUUGCAGUGGCGGCUUUCUUCUAUCCAAACCCAGAAGAGCAUACCGUUGGCGGCGAGGCGACUAAUGCCAUUCAUGCUCUUUUUUGA